UGAGAGUAGGGGUUCCUUUAUAGGGGAGAUCACACCCCCUGCACAAAAACAUCCCAAAGAGCACUGGUAUAGAGUUUGCGUUGGAGAGGUGGAGAGAUCCCUGGGAGGAAGUGGUAAAAGGCGAGGCGGAAACACCCCUCUUUGAUGCUGCGAGGUGCGUCAGGGAAAGUUGGAUUACAUUUCGCCCGGGAUGCGGACCCCCGCCCCAUUUGGCCACAAGGCUCCCCUCCGCCCUCGCCUCAGAGGAGAUGAGCAGGACCCCAGCCGUGAACCUUAUCUCUCUUGCCUCCCUCCCGCCCAUCCGCACUCCUAUAGAGGCUGAGACUUUAUUAAGGCCGGAUCGGUUCAGGGCUGAGCCAUUUGCUUAGAGGAACUCGGGACCUGGCGGAAGCGUGAAGCGUCGAGCGACGGAAAGAACACGGAACCGGGUCCGAGGACAAGGUGUUCCACACAGAUUCUCCUGACUUUAAGGACCAGGCAAUUGGGGAGGUACCAGGUCUUCCCAGGAAGGGAGGAGAUCUUGGGAAGAGAGGGGAAAGACAGCAGACACAGCCCUGGGACCAGCCGAGCUUGAGGCGCUGCUGACAGAACCCAGCAAGAGGAGUGGGAAGGAGCCCCAGCUCCAGUUCCAAAAGAUCUGAACUCAGUCUACUUUUCACCAGAGAGGGCCCGCCUCAGGGGUCACUCCAAACUUGGGUUGGGCCCUUCUCUGGAUGCCUCUUGCUCUGUGGAGCCUGCUGCUGAGAACCAAAGAAGAUAAGAGAACAGGCCGAUUUCCCCAAGCACAACCUAGGACAACCCCAGGCAGGAAUCUGCACCACUAGUGGCAGGUGUCCGCGUCUAGUGAGGAGUUUCUUGUUUCCCUCCGGCUUAGGCUGCAUUGCUUGAUGGGGCUGCCUGUUGGUGGAUCAAUUUUUGCAGUGCCUGGUAGGAGCGGAGAGCCGCAGGACAAGCCUGGGUUCACCCCAAGACUAAGUUCUUUCCCGAGUUAGAGAAAGAGAGAGAGAAGGGGAGAAAGUGGGAAAAGAAAGUGCUCCUCUCCUCUCCUCCCUGCCCGUCAUGUCCUCUAAGCUGGAGCCAAAGGACGUCCACCAGCUGAACGGGAUUGGCCCUACUCCCUCUCCCUGUUCUUCAGAUGGCCCCGGGCGCGAGCCCUUGGCUGGGACCUCAGAGUUCCUGGGGCCUGAUGGGGCUGGGGAGGAGGUGGUGGUGAUUGAGUCUCGGGCCAACGCCAAGGGGGUUCGGGAGGAGGACGCCCUGCUGGAGAACGGGAGCCAGAGCAAUGAAAGUGACGAUGUCAGUACGGACCGCGGCCCUGCACCACCCUCCCCUCUCAAGGAGACUUCCUUUUCCAUCGGGCUGCAAGUGCUGUUCCCCUUCCUCCUGGCAGGCUUCGGGACUGUGGCUGCCGGCAUGGUGCUGGACAUCGUGCAGCACUGGGAGGUCUUCCAGAAGGUGACAGAGGUCUUCAUCCUGGUGCCGGCGCUCCUGGGGCUCAAGGGAAAUCUGGAAAUGACUCUGGCGUCAAGGCUGUCCACCGCAGCCAACAUUGGACAAAUGGAUACACCCAAGGAGCUCUGGCGGAUGAUCACUGGGAACAUGGCCCUCAUCCAGGUGCAGGCCACGGUUGUGGGCUUCUUGGCAUCCAUUGCCGCCGUCAUCUUUGGCUGGAUACCCGAUGGCCACUUCAGUAUCCCACAUGCCUUCCUGCUGUGUGCCAGCAGUGUGGCCACAGCCUUCAUUGCCUCCCUGGUGCUGGGUAUGAUCAUGAUUGGAGUCAUCAUUGGCUCUCGGAAGAUUGGGAUCAACCCAGACAAUGUGGCCACACCCAUUGCUGCCAGCCUGGGCGACCUCAUCACCUUGGCACUGCUCUCGGGCAUCAGCUGGGGACUCUACUUGGAACUGAAUCACUGGCGAUACAUCUACCCCUUGGUGUGUGCCUUCUUCGUGGCCCUGCUGCCUGUCUGGGUGGUGCUGGCACGACGAAGCCCAGCCACAAGGGAGGUGUUGUAUUCGGGCUGGGAGCCUGUCAUCAUUGCCAUGGCCAUCAGCAGUGUGGGAGGCCUCAUCCUAGACAAGACUGUCUCGAACCCCAACUUUGCAGGGAUGGCUGUCUUCACACCUGUGAUUAAUGGUGUUGGGGGAAAUCUGGUGGCAGUGCAGGCCAGCCGCAUCUCCACCUUCCUGCACAUGAAUGGGAUGCCUGGAGAGAACUCUGAGCAAGCUCCUCGCCGCUGCCCCAGUCCUUGCACCACUUUCUUCAGUCCUGAUGUAAAUUCCCGCUCGGCCCGGGUCCUCUUCCUUCUCGUGGUCCCAGGACACCUGGUAUUCCUCUAUACCAUCAGCUGUAUGCAGGGCGGGCACACCACCCUCACGCUCAUCUUCAUCAUCUUCUACAUGACAGCUGCACUGCUCCAGGUGCUGAUUCUCCUGUACAUCGCAGACUGGAUGGUGCACUGGAUGUGGGGUCGCGGCCUGGACCCAGACAACUUCUCCAUCCCUUACUUGACUGCUCUGGGAGACCUGCUUGGCACUGGGCUCCUGGCACUCAGCUUCCAUGUCCUCUGGCUCAUUGGGGACCGAGACACGGAUGUCGGGGACUAACUUGGCCACUCAACCUUUUCCCUGUCCCUCUGCACUUUCUAUUUGAAUUUUUUUUCUUUUGUUCCCCUACCCCGCUAUCACACCCCACACUCUUGAAUCUUUUGAGGACUUCACUUUGAUACCAAAUUCUCAUUAUUUUCAAUGGGAAUUUUUAUACAUUGAGCCAAGUUUGGAUAGCAAGAAUUCAGGAAGGACAGAUGGACUGAAAUAAGCAGUACAAGUAAGUUUCUGAGACAAUCACCAAGUGCAAUUUCAUGGUGGGUGCCUCCGAGUGAGGUGGAUUGGGGCAGGGGAUUUCUGUCUGAGAUCUGGAGACAUUUGGUUUAGCUUUAGUCACCUCAGUCUUGGCCCUAAUGAGAAACCCUUUGUGAGUGGGCUAUGGCUUUUGUUGUUUUCUUUGUUCUUUUUUUAGUUGUUACUUAGGGAUAAGUAACACUACACACACACACACACACACACACACACACACACUUGUAGAAGUGGACCAAUGUCAGAGCACUGGGCAGGAGACAAGUGGUUCAGUAAUUCCAGCCCUUUCCUCAGCCAUCUGGACCGAGGCCGUGCUGCUCUCAGAGGGACACGGACCAGCUUCAGUUCAUGCACAUGCCUCUCCCCCCCCGCCCCCCGCCCCCCGCCCGAUUGCCUGGUCAACAUCACCAGCCCUCCCUCUGAUUCGUUUCCAUUUGAAUGUCACAGUGGAGAAGAAAUGAGUGGUGUCCUGGUCUCCCUGUUGAAUCAUGUCCACCCAUAGUUUUCCCAAGGUCCCUGUCCUCCUCCUUAGGCUUUCGUCUCUGUUCAGACCUCCUCUCUCGUUGUCUCUAAGCACUCCUCCCCAGAGCCUGCUAGGUGAGGUCCUGAGAUUGGGGACAGGAAGGGUAUGUGUAUGACUUGGAGGUCAAGGACAACCAGCGGUGUUUUGUUGCUGCUGUUUUUCCUGAGGACAUAAUCACAUGAUCACCUUGGCCUCUGUCACUUCCUAAAAGCACUUAUUUCACUGUGCCACAAGGGUCAGGUAUCCUGUCCUGGGCUCCUGCCCACAAAUGUUCAUUCUUCAUUCAUUCAGUAAAUCCAGCCUCCCCAAGAUAAGCACUUCUGCAGGUCUGGUCUGAAACAGUCAUUGAGCACUAGAUAUGGUGUAGGGAUUGAGCAGGCCCUGACUAGCCAGAGUAAAGGAAUCACAGCUAACCUCACCUCAUCCCCCAGCCUCUGGAGGCCACAUACCCCCCUGCAAUCUGGCAGAGAAAGUUCCCUCCACAUAUUUGGAUCUGUUUCACCAAACUACAUUCAGCCUAAUUCUCCUUUCAGACCCCAUCUGUGCAAUGCUGACCACAGCCCAGGCCACCAACCCCAUUGCUUAACCCCACAGCAGCCCUGCUCCCCUUCCCUUUCCUCCACCUCUGCUCCUCACACACCCAGAAGGGGAUUUGGAGCUAGCAUGCCAGACAUCACCUGCCUGCUUCUACUUCUCUCUGCCUAGCACAAAACUGGGAGAAGCCAGAGCCUCCACCUCUUCCCCUUUCCCCCUGAACAGCUCAGAAAGCCAGCCACACUCAUGUGUGAAUGUAGGCAUUGGGCUGCAGGCUUUUUCUAGCCUGUCAGAAGCAUCCCUAUAAGCCCUCUCCUCUGGACCCUCAGAGCCCACCUCCCAGGGAGGUGUGAGCAAUGGGCUCAUCCUUAUCAGCACUAUGCCUUCACCCAGGAGCUUACCCUAGACCUCCGGAGUAUCCGUUCCCUUCAUCUCCCAGGCCACCUUCGGGAAUCUAGAACCUUAGAAUCGGAAGGAGUCAUAGAGGUUAUUUUUGGAGUUGUGUCCAGCAGAGUCCAUUAACAUCAGCCUGAGCUUGUUUCUGCUCUGGACUCCUUUUGCCUUUUCCUCCACCUCAGAACACACCUGCACACAGACUCUUGUACAGGUACCCUACCCUGAGGCUGGGGUCCAGCAUUCUCCAACACUCGCCCUCCCCUAUCUCUGGAGUUCAACCGGGCUGUCCUCGAGGCCUCUGGAGCACCCAUCCUCCUUUGCCUAGAAAACAGAGAAGUGGGCACACCCGGGCCUCGGAGCAUGUGAGCAGAGGAAGAUGGGAGGGAGGGAAGGAAAAUGAAAGUGACUUCAACGGAGGAUUCAUUUCUCUCCCCCUGAUUGCACCAACUGCAUGUACUUUUGGCCUGGCUGCAAGAAGCAAUAUUGGUUUACUCUUGUAUCCUUCAAAAGUUACAGAACUGUGUCUUAAGAGAAUUAUUUAUAGUUACUAUAACUGAAUUGACAAAUGUCAACUUAACUGAUAAAUUAUAUUUGGUAAAAUAAAGAGGAUGUUUAUUUAGA